UGUAGAGUAAACGCAUUUCUGCGACGAUAGAACGCAGGCUACAUAGUAUUUCCUGCUCCAUUCCCUAUCUAAAAUUAGAGGACAAUCAAGUCUCAGCCAUCAGUACAAGGAAUCAUUAUUUUGUGAGUCGAUUUCAAGAAAAUGGCUGUGCGGACCAUUGCAAGUUUAGAGCUCUACGCUUUCAUCGCAUUGAUGACAUUGAUUAUGGUGGUCGCCACAGAGAAUGAUAUUCCUGUGGGUGAGGUACUCAUGGAUGACAGGCCUGUCAUUCUACGAGGAUAUGACGGGAUACUGCAUUGUCGAUUUAGAGGUGAACCAUUGGCUGUCUACUGGGAAAAGGGGCCAGAUUUGGCAUCAGCAACAAAACUAGUCUCGUGGCAUCCACCUACGGGAGGAAUUCGUGUGCAGUCGUAUGGGAUCGGAAAGUACAACCUUACGGAAGACUUUUCCUUGGUGAUCCAUGACGUCGAGGAAAAUGACGCAGGACGGUACAUAUGUAUAGUAUCUGACUUCAGAGGUUACGAACUCAGCAAUCACACUGUGGCCACAGUUAAAGUUCCACCCCAGGAACCCUUCCCAGCAAUUGACCAAUGCCCAUCAAGAUCAACCGGAGGUGGAGCCAACUCGUGUACGUUGACAACCGAGAUAGGUGGUGACACGACAGAACUAACAUGUCAAGCACUGGGUGCGCCGAGAGACAUCGUCUCGCUCUCCUGGACGCUCAGGGGCAGAACCAUCUCCCACCAAGAACCAUACAGAUAUGCAAACCCAGACGGCGAGACGGAAGAUUUGAAAUUUACAAUUGACGCAACGCCAAGCUAUGAUCCUUACGUCUGUAGUGCCAUUCUGCCGGCAACCAUCCGAGGAAAUGCGACCGCCAGCGUCAUAGUGAAACCAGCACCAAUCACAACAACCACCGAAUUUGUAGUAACUACAAAUGCAACAGAUCCGUUCGUUGGAGAUCCCGGUAAUAGAUCUUUAGGAAAAGUUGCCAUCGCCAUUAUUAUCGUCAUGACCUUGCUCAUCACCACUACAAUCAUCGUCUGCAUUUGGAGGAGAAGAAUAAAGAAGAGUUAUGAACCGUUAAAUGGAGAUAAGAAAUUCAUUAAAGGCCCUGUUUCGUAUUUGGAGCUUUGGGAGCUUGUCGGAAAGUGUAACCCUGUGGCCACGGAGAAGAUUGUAAACAGGUUGGUGAAUAAAACUCAGACAGACUCAGGAUUCGACGUCGUACGCUCUAAAGCUGAGUUCUACUAUGAACUCUGUAGAUGGAAGGAAACAACAACAGGAGAUCACAGUAUUCUCUCCAGAGCCAUAAAAAAAGUUAGGCUGAACGCCGAAAUACAUAUGCAAGAUGUCCGUGAUCGUACGUCAAAGGAAACCUCUAUUGAUGAUCUCGAACACAUUUGCUGGCACGUCCGCGGUUGCAGGGAGGGAGUCAAGCCCGUUCUGCGAGCAUUGUACCCUCACCAUGAAGAAAUCCCAAACUGCGAAGAGGAUUCCUGCGAUCCUGGUAAAGCAAGAAACGCCGAAAUCAAGAAGGACCUGCAGUUAAUGAAGGCAUGGAAGGAACAUUCAAUGACAACGAAACCUGGAUACCAGGAACCUAAGGAGGAUCACAAAAAAGGGGAAAGAAUACAGAUGAGACAACCAACUUCCAGAGGGAUUUGCUGCUGCCAUAAACAACCUAAAUAUCGGCAUGGUGAUGACAAGAAUGAGCAACAGCCAAUGUUUUCUGCACAGUCCGAAGAGGUAGAACUGGGAGUAGAAAGAUCGUCACCAAACCAAAUGAUUCAACUUUGCCUAGCGUUAGAAAGAGCAGGAAAGGGCGCACAUGGACCUGAUAAGGAAGUCUAUAUUCAACUGGCCAAAACUUUCUUCCAAAUUAAAGAUGAGUACAAGAGGGAAUUGGACAAUGAGGUCAUCAAGGAGUUUGCUCUGAGUAUCACCAAACAACACUACCAGAAUCUUGCAAAAGCCAAGAGAAUUUCAGCGGACUCCAUUGCCAAAAGAAAUGCUGAAGACCUCAAAGCGGUGUUCAAAACAGACGUUAUGCUUGAGGAAUGGGUACAGGAGCAAAAAUGCAGUAAUUAUGAAGUCAGGUGCAGACUGAGGCAAGCAGCAGAACGAUGCAAUCGUCAGGACAUUGCAGAUAUUUUCAUAACCAAAGAACAGAGUGAAUUCAUGGCACCUGUUACAUCACAGCAAACCUCCGUGACAAUUACAAAUGAACAACGCCAUGGUGAUAGUAAAACAAAACGUGAUAAAUCUGGGAAUGACACCCCUCAGCAAUCUGCAAACAACGAAAACCUAGCGAGAGGGACGAAGGGAAUGCAAUCCGAUAUUCAACAAAAAGAACCACGUAUGCUUGGAAGAACACCAGCUGAGAAAUAUGCUACAGGAAUAUCCAGAGAGGAACUAUAUGACAUCAUUUGUUAUGGGGGACGAGCAGCUCUUGAGAAAUAUUGGCGCGAUUUGUUCCCACAUGAUAAUCAUAAGGAUCUGCUUGCGGCACUUUCCGACCGCGAACUCAUCUGUAUGCUGAAACCAUUCAUAGACAGUCAACAUUACAAAGUCGAUAGAAAACUAAGUGAUAAUAAUCCUAUUACGUUAAUGAAACACCUUCUACAGGAUGAACAAACCCCAAGACAGAUUCUAAGACAGCAUCUGCAAAAUGAAGCACCGCAAUAUGCGUGUCUUCUUGCAAAAGGGAAAGAAUACAACAUAUACGAUGUAGAACUCGUUGAAUUAGCCUAUCGCCUCGUCCUAUCAGACGUUUAUCCAUUUGCCAAAGCACUCGACAUCAGUGACGAAGAGCUAACUCGCUACAUACAUAAACUUGGACCUAAAAUAAUACAACAUGGUACAGGGAAAUUGCUAUUCGAGAUGAAAUCUACAGGCAAAGGCAAUGAAGAGAGACUGGGAAUGGUGCAUGAUUUGAAAGUAGCUGGAUAUCUGGAAGAGGCAAAGUCGAUAGUGUUUGGAUUUGAAAUCGGCCUGGCGGAUGAAGCAGAAAUAGAAGAGAAGCGAAUCAAUCCAGCGGAAUUAGCAAAGGAACUCGGUGUUUCUGAUGAUUCCAAGCCGGUGGGUCCUGAUGGAAGAGAAGAGAGCUGUCAAUCUGUACUUCAAAGAUGGAGAAACAUUGUCCGUCCUUCAUCAUUCAACCAUCGCAUGGUUUUGGCUGACGCACUGCACAUUCUGGACGAGAAGGAGCUUGCACUUGGUAUUAUCUCAGGAAAGUUUCGGAACAACGUCAUAAACAGUAGAGUAUCAGAAAUGCUAGGAAAAACCAUUCCACCGGAUAAAGUGGAUAAACUGACUAGAGUCCUUGGCAAGGAGUUGAAGAAAGAUCUAAACCCUUAUGAUAUUAUAACCGCCUGGGUGACUGAAAAGAAGUUUUUCGGGUUUCGUGAAAAAAGUCCAAUAUUAUUGAGCAACGAACUUCUCAAAGCAGGAUUCUAUCCAUUUGCUCAUGAGAUAAUGGCAGGUGGAUGGAAAGGAAAGGAGGCGAUCAAAGAAACUCCAGGAGACGAGGCUGGAGAUAAGAAGAAUGAAGGUAGCAUGGGUCGUGAUGUUACACAGGCAGAUCCAGGAGGAAAUAAGACGAACGAGGAUGCGAAUAAUUCACAACCGGUAGGGAUCAUACCAACAAGCGAGAAGGGUGAAAACAGCGCAAACGUGACUGGUGAAAAAGUUACAAACAACAGGAAAGAAGAUGUAAGUUCUUCAAAUCAGGAAACAAGCUCCAAAGAUGAUAAACCAAAUGGACAGGAUGACGGAAGCAUUGGCGACGGCGAUAUAAAGAAGAAAACAGAGGAUAAUAUGAGUGAUAACAAUUCAGAACAACUUUCUAAAAGCUCGGAACAAUAUGAUGCUUGGGGUGAACGUCGUACUAGCCAUGCUAGCAGUGGGGAUGAAUAUACGAUGCUAAGAGGUACAUUUCGUGUUUAA